AAGGCAAUGCUGGUCUUCAGCCUAAUUUCGAGACCAAUGAUUUUGUGGGCUCUUGUCUGUACUGUAUUUAUUUUUGCAAAUGUAAUCGUUCCGGUUGCAAUAAUGUAGAUAUGACCGAUACUGCAUCCUCUUGUGAUACCUAGCUAUCCGUCCAUGAUUUAGGCGAAGCAAAGCGACGUUGACAUUUUGACAGAGGGGCAGACUGUCCGUCCAGCUAACCGUAUCGGCAAUGAGGGGUUUGUUUUCCUUAAUAACAACAACUAGUUAGCUACAGUAGCUAUCCUCCAUCCGUGUUGAAGCGAGGAAUUAUGUUAUAACGUUAUUUAUGUGGCAAACAACACCUGUAAACUGUAUGUCAGUCUGUCGAGUGAAUUAACGGACUCAACUCUAAACUAAAGCGAUUUAACGAGUUAGCUGUAAACAUCUGUUUACUUACUUGGUAACUAGAGCUAGCUAGCAAACACUGACAACAAGAAGACAAAAAUGUGGCAAAGCGUUGGUCUCACUGUGCUGGUAAUUGUGGCCACCCUUGUGUGCGCGUUGCUCUUCAUGGUUUUUGGUUGGUAUGUUGUCUGGCAGCUCUUCCUGUCCAAGUUCAAGUUCCUGCGUGAGAUGUUGGGCGAUACCGGCUCUCCACAGGCCGAAACCCAGCCGUCCGAAUCCAGGAGCGAACGUGCCUCUCCUCCACCUCCACGCCAGAGGCCCAAGACUGCCCGCCAGAGGGCUGUUCCUCCUAAUAGUAGUACAUAGAUUACCUCACCCAUCCGCUGUCUGCCACACCCUGUCCUGUUGUUCACCAAACCAGCCGUCCCACUAGGAAACAGUGGUGGACAAAAACCCCUUUAAUAAAUUGCAUGAUUUGGAAUGGCAUACUACUCCCAUGUCCGUGUAUACUGCUGCCUCUCCUGAUGAAAUCCACCCCUCCACUCUGCACUACUAAAGACAUCCUCGUUGAUGACACUUGACACUACAUUUCUCUCCUGGACACGUUCUUCUUACUAGACUAGGCACAGCUGCUGAUAUUAUAAAGGGAGAAGCCAUCAAAUCAUGGAACAUUCUGUAUGCCACUUGUUCAUGUUUCAAAUAUGUAUUUUAGCUGUUCACAGUGUAGGUACUGAGCAGCAUGUCUGGUCUCUUCACCUGGCCUUCACUGACACUGCAACAUGGUCACCUCUAAUUGGCUGACGCUGUGACAUGGUCAGCUCUGACUGGCUGACACUGUAACAUGGUCAACUCUGACUGGCUGACGCUGUAACAUGGUCACCUCUGACUGGCUGAUGCUGUAACAUGGUCACCUCUGACUGGCUGACACUGUAACAUGGUCAGCUCUGACUGGCUGACACUGUAACAUGGUCACCUCUGACUGGCUGACACUGUAACAUGGUCAACUCUGACUGGCUGACACUGUAACAUGGUCAGCUCUGACUGGCUGACACUGUAACAUGGUCAGCUCUGACUGGCUGACGCUGUAACAUGGUCAGCUCUGAUUGGCUGACACUGUAACAUGGUCAGCUCUGUGGACUCCCGAGUGGCGCAGCGGUCUAAGGCACUGCAUCUCAGUGUUAGAGGCGUCACUACAGACCCCGGUUUGAUUCCAGGCUGUAUCACAACCAGCCGUGAUCGAGAGUCCCAUAGGGCGGUGCGCAAUUAGCCCAGCGUCGUCCGGGUUUGGCCGGGGUAGGCAGUCAUUGUAAAUAAGAAUUUGUUCUUAACUGACUUGCCUAGUUAAAUAAAGGUAAAUAAAAGAUUGGCUGACACUGGAACAUGGUCAGCUCUGACUGGCUGACACUGGAACAUGGUCAGCUGUGAUUGGCUGUCAUGCUGCUGACACCUGCAUUUGAAAUCUGUUUCUCUGACAGCUGUGUGUGUGUAUGUGUAUGUGUAUGUGUGUGUGUGUGUGUGUGUGUGUGUGUGUGUGUGUGUGUGUGUGCACGUCUUAUGAGAGUGUGUUUAUUUGAACAUAUGUGUGUUUGUAGUAAAGCCUAUAUUCAGACACAGACAAAGCGUUGUAUAAACAGGCUCAUUUAUCAUUUACUUUCACAGACUUUCAAACAAUUUGCAUAACUGACAACCGAAGUUCCUCCAUGCCAGUAAAUUUCACUUUAUUUGUAACAAAAGUGCAAUGAAAGGAAUGUUAUUUUUUUGUUUUGUAAUUUUGUUGAUCAGACUACGUAUGUAACAGAACGGUUGACUACCCUUCAGACCAAGAGGUAAUAACACCGUGAAGACAAUGUCCAGGGGCUGUGUCUCUCCGAGUAGAACUGCUGAUGUAGGAUCAGUUUUGCCCUUUAAAUCACGUUGAAUACAAGUAUAUGGACAGGGGGAACUGAUCCUAGAUCAGCACCACUGCUCUGAUCCGCUUUAUACACAAAGCUCCCUAGGAAGGCAACAAAUAGUCUAUAGCUCAUUGCUCUGGCCAGCUAGCCUCCCCGAGGUGUUAACUGAGGUGUAUUCAAUAGGAACCAAACGGAAGCAAACAGCUGAAACGGGGUGGACCUAACCUGAACUUGUCCAAUAACAAAUGUUUGUUUUUCGUUGCAAAACACUUUGCUAUGGUGUGCACUAAUGAAUACACCCCAAGGGCUCCAAGCUACAGCUAGCAUAUUUCCCUUCCCAGUGAUGUGUGAUCCUAAAACGUCAGCACUCCUACUCUGAUAUGCUUGACACACAUGGCCCCAGAGCUCCCCAGGAAGGCAGUAGAAUAGGCUAACCGUAGCUCUGGCUCACUGGUUCCCUGUAGAAGUGCUGCCUGGGCUCCAAGCUACAGCUAUAGUCGAAGGCCUCCCCAGUAGUCCCAUGAGCCUCUGUACCAGUGCCUGUCUAGAUGGUAUCUAGUUGGUCACAUGGCCUGUGAUCCAGUUAUAAGCCUAUAGCUGCACAACAUUGUACAAAAACUCAAUUCAAUUCUAUGUGUAAUGGUUUUUACAUGUGAUGCUGGUCAAAUUUUAACGUUUGUUUUUGGCUAUUGCUGUAAUUUAGCCUCAUAAUAAAUAUAUUUCUUAAA